UAAUGAAAUUAUUGAAUAUUAAACUUGAGGCUCUGUUUGGUGUCAGCCACUGAAAUCAGCUGGAAGCUCAAUGGUAGUGAUGUUGGUUAGGUUUAUAGCAAAUAUUCAAUAAAAUCAGUUGUUAUUAUAAUCAAAUAUAAAUCACUUUUUCAUCAAACUCUAAAUAUUUUUUAUGUUAGACUACCUAAGACGCUUUAUUACGAGAGUUUAGCCAUCUUUUGCCCUCUUUUGCCCUCUUUUGCCUUUUUGCCCAGUUUUUGCUCUUUUUUGUCUUUUAUCCCGGACCGGUCAUUACCAGAAAGUGUUGGCUCUAUUGUUUUACUUUUGUGUUUUAAUUUGGUCUUUAUUAAGCGAUACUAAAUUUAUUGUUUUCUAGUUUGUGAUUAAUUUAAUUGGGUAAGAUUGAUUUAUCAACGUUUAACUGUUUCAAUCAACAGGAUACUAGAAGAAAAAGAAAGGAUCCACAAAAAUGAGUUAACACAGAACAGGAAAAAGAAAGUCUCUUUUGGAGGGAAAACGGAUGAAUAUAUUAUAUUAUAUCUUCAUAACCGGAAGGAUGGAAGAUCAACAAAUCGCUGUGAAUUUUGUAUUUCAAUUUUCAUUUAUGGAUAAUAUCUGCUCAUUAACUUCUUAAAUUAAUUGUUGGUUUCUUUUGGUAUGAGCUGGUAAAAAACAGUGGAAAUACAUUUUGUGCCUUUUGGUGGUUGCCUUUCAUUUUAGGUAUCUUUUGACCUUUUAACUCUUCUGUUUCGGCCGCUGAUUCAACAUAUUAAUUGUGCCCAGGAUAUUGUCUUGUGUGUUUGCUUCCUGUUUUGUACUAUAUGCUAAUUUAAUGAAUUGAUAUACAAUCAAUUCAAUGGCCAACAAUGUUUAUUCAAAGUUUCCAUUGACUAUUUUUACCAUUUUUCUUGUGUUUGCCUUGGCUAAAGAAGUCAAUUCGAGUGACAUAGUUUUUCCUGAUGAAAAAACUCCAAUUAACGAUGAUACUGAACAUCGAUCUGAACGAUCUCUAGGACUUCUCAGGAAAUAUAUCAAAGGGAUUGUGAGAAUCGGUGAAAGUUUGCCUGAACCCGGACCAAAUUCAGGACUAUCAAUUCGUUUACCAUUAGGACCCUUAUUUAAACCCAAUAGACGGGGUGAUCAAAGUGGCGAAUAUGAAAAUGUUAAUCCACCUCAUAGACCACCUUACAGACCUCCAGAAGAAAUGCCUGAACAUCCACCGUACAGGCCACCAGAUAACGGAUAUAGACCAACAAUGAGACCUUCUUAUCCUUCUGGACCCAGAGUUGAUCCAAAUAACCAUGGAUAUGGUCCAAAUGGAAAUGUUAUUUACUUUACAACGGAAUCUUCAUAUCACACACCUGAUUAUCUUGGUGGCUCAGUUUCACAGAUACCCUAUCAACCUGAGUCUCAUUAUUCAACACAAGCACCCACCCGAAGACCAAAUGUCCAUAGACCUUCAUCGGGUUACCAUCAACAAAGUACAACAAGGAAACCUAAUCGAAACCCAGGCUCUCAGAAUGAAGGCAACUGUGGAGUCCGCCGAGGUGAUAUUAAAGAUCGUAUUAUUGGAGGCCGAGACACGGAAUCAAAUGAGUUUCCCUGGCAGGUUGCAUUGAAAGACCGUUCUCAGGGAGUUUUCUGUGGAGGUGCAAUUAUUGGUAAAAGGUGGAUUAUCACAGCAGCUCAUUGUGUUGUCAAACUUCGUGAUCUUAAUUCAAUUCGUGGUUUGGUUGGAUCCAACUACCUGGAAGACUCUUCACUUCAAGAGAUACAAUUUGACAAAAUGGUUUCUCAUCAAAGCUAUCGAUCAGACACAUUUGAGAAUGAUAUUGCAUUAUUACAUAGCAAAUCUGAUUUACCCCUUUAUCCGUCCACAUCAUCCAUCAACAGCAUUUGCUUGCCCCGUGAAAAAGAUACAAAUUUCAAUGGUAAAGGAACCAUUGCUGGAUGGGGUCGAACCUCUGAGGGUGGUUUUGAUACAUCUGAGACUCUUUUAGCCGCAGAUGUUGACAUUUUAAAUGAUGGAAAAUGCAGAGAAUAUUAUUCAGACAGGUUUAAAUCAGGUAAACAAAUAUGUGCUGGAAUUGAGGAAGGUGGCCGUGAUUCAUGCCAGGGUGAUUCUGGAGGUCCAUUAAUCAAAGAGGUAGACAAUAAAUCCGUUCUAGUUGGGAUAGUCUCUUAUGGAAGAGGUUGUGGUCGUCGACGGUCACCAGGAGUUUACACAAAAGUUUCCCAUUAUGUUCAUUGGAUUCGAGCACAGAUGCAAUAAUUUACUAGAUUUGAUUAUGGUCUACCAGUAUACUCCUGAUUGCUAGUCCGAUCCACAAAUCCGAUUGAUUCACUACUCAAGCUCAAGACCUUGUCAGUUUAUUUUCACCUUUUUCAAGAUAUAUUACAGCUGCAACAAUGAAAUACAACAACAAUUAAGAGCUUGUUCUUUAAAAUGCUCCAAUCUAAUACAAAUCUUACAGACUACAAUUGAGAUUACAAUUCUGGUCUCAAAACAAACACUUGUUUCUUACUGUAAUUUAUUUAUAUUUUAUACAAAAAGAAAUGCUUUAGACUAUAAUUUUUUCUAUUGUUGAUCUAAUAUUCAAAUAAAAGAACGGGAAUUACUUAAA